AGCGCUCUCCAGUAGUGCCCAGCAUGCAACGGGGCAGCGUAUGGCCUUCAGCAACAUGGCAACCCCCAUGCACCGGCUGAUCGCUCGCAGACAGGCUGAAGCAAAUAAACAGAAUGUACGUUGUCAGAAGUGCCUAGAGAUUGGCCAUUGGAGCUAUGAAUGUACUGGGAAAAGAAAAUAUCUGUACCGGCCCUCCAGGACAGCUGAGCUAAAGAGGACCCUAAAAGACAAAGAUGCCAGAAUGCUUUUAGGUCAAAGCAACAAUAUUGCAGAAGCAAAGCUGAAAAAAAAAAGGCCUAAAAGUGUAACAAGCUCCAGUAGUGAAAGCUCAAGCAGCAACAGCUCAGACAGUGACCCAUCUUCAGACAGUGAGGACACCUCCAGCUCCUCUUCAUCGUCAGAAGACAGCUCUUCCAGUUCUUCCUCUUCAUCAGAGGACAGCUUCUCCGAGUCUGAAUCAGAGUCUGAGUCGGAUUCAGAAACUAGCAGUAGCAGUGAUACAAGCUCCAGCAGCAGCAGUGAAGAAGACAGUAGCUCAGAUGAGGAGCCACUUAGGAAGAAAAGAAAGCGUUAGAGACGGCAAAACAUUUGUCUUAAAGCUUUUUCAAGACAUCCACGUUGGAAGAACUUUGUUCUUGGAGUCUAUACAUUAAAGAAAUGGCGAACUUGGUGUCCUACCCCGUACAAGUUGUCAAUCCUUAGAUUUUGGUACUGAAUGUUAAUUUCACAUUAGAAACACUGCUUACACAAUUUUACUUUUUUUCCUGCAUUUUACUCUCUAGAAGGAAUGGUGACAGUUUGUUUCCCAGUUUUCUAUUGAAAGACCAAAUAUUUAACUUCCAAAAGAACACUCAGACAUGAUAUUCUCUGUUCUCCAUUUGCUCUGAAGGGUAACAUAAAGGUCUUUUCCAGUUUAAUCCAAAAGCAUGCUUUCAGCUCUUGUGUGUGGCA